AUGGAGUACUCCCGACCCCUCGGAUGGAUCAGUAGGACGUCCGACGGAAAGUUCGUAGUCAAGGGUCAGCCGGUGUUCGGCAAACCCAUGGGAUAUAGCAUUGAUGAGCAGAUCCACGCGUACGACUUGACGCCGUCCAAUCAGCCCUCUGUCAGAGGCAGCUUCCGCAGUGAUGGCAGCGGCCAGAGUGGACCCACUCAUCAAAUCCAGUUCCCAUCGCACAGACACCACUCGCACAUCAAUCGCUCGGCAACUCAUUCCUCACUACCGAUGCGAUCGCAUCGCAACCAAUCAUUUAGUCCGCAGUCGUAUUCCUUCCGCUCCGGACAUAACAUCUCAUCCGUCUUCAGACCACGUGAUAGUCGGUUCCGCACGAGUUCUCCCGGACCGGGACUUCCGCCCGAUUCGCUUACUAUGGAUCAGGAGCUCAGUUCUGUCCGACAGACCACCUCAUCCUUCGAGCGCUCCUCACAAAUGCCAAUCAUAUCAUCGGCUUCUCUGCGGUCACACCUCCAAGAACUGCCGGCUUUGAGGCCCAUUCACGAGCACCUGUAUCGACACAAUCAUCCGACGUCUCAGUUGAGGGCAACAGUUCCUAUCGCACGUCAGCCCAACUUUCGUCCCAUAAAUCGCGGACCACUUCUGUUGGAAACGGUUCCCGAAGCCAUCUAUGAUGCGGUCCAUAUGUCACCCAUGUAUGGCUCCCCUUCCGUUCAGACAGCCUUUGAUUCUGGCGUUUGGGGUGACGGCAGACACAUACACAUCGCCCCUCCUAUUCGUCAAAAUAAUAAUCAAUUACUUCGAGGUGUGCCGACCAUAUCUGCCCGGGCGAUGUCCAGACCAUAUCAAAACGUCCCGUUCCCGCGGCAUCUAAUGGGAGAUCCAGUGCCUCAAAACCAGUUGUAUAAACAAAAGCCGCACAAAGAGUUCAAAUUAGCUGUCGAUGACCCGGAGGAUGAGUUCCGAUUCAUUGCACCGCCAAAGAUGGUGUUCAAAAAGCCCAGAGCAGCGCCUCCACCACCGCCCUCACCAAUGGGUGGACCAGACAUUAGGGACCCGAAGAGCAAAUUAGACACAACGGGAAGCAGUGACUCGUCUAACGAUCAGCCCUUCUCUUAUACCAGAGACCGACUGUUAGGUGCCGUCGAGAAAGUGAGGAGUGGUAUGCUAUUAGCCCGCGCCUCCCCCUAUAGACACGAAGACUUCCAAACUCCCACUCCAUUACAAACGCCGGUCGAUAAGGCAUUACUGGAGGCACCGGAACUGCGCCAAAGAAGGCCGACUCCUGUCAGGUUUGCUGACGAUAAUGAAGUGUUUGUGGACGACAACCACAAUCAGAUGAGAUACCGGGCGCCACACCCUCCGAGUCGGGCCUCUAUGACGAGUAUGUCGUCGGGCAGAGGCAGCUCUGGUCACGACGGGUCAGGAAAGACCACUUCAUUGUCUCACUCUCGGGGCGACUCUUUCCAGAACUCUCCGCAAAGCGAACUCCAGUCGACCUCUAAUAUCAUCGACAAGACGACGAGCAGUAGCUCUGGUAUUGUGAGUCAGACGCUGUCGUCAAACCUCCAUUCCUCCACAUCUCCGGGUCAGAGCUCAGGCAUCUCAGCCUCGUCUGCAUCGGCCACACCUCAUAAGCGCCACAAAGAAGUGCAAUCAAAGAAGUCAUUCCCCAAAUCCAGUUACCAGGGCAUCGAAUCGCCACAAUCGGAGCCCAUAUUCCCCUCAUAUGCGCCGCCAAUGGAACCGUUGGACGUGUCGGUCGACGAGAACUACGAAUUCGACUCCAUUUCCCCUCUCGAGGCCGAACUCAUCGAAAAGUUACGGCGAGAACAGCAACGAUGGCGUCAAUGGCAACAACACCAGAGAGUACAACAGCCGCCACAACACUAUCCAUACCCACAAGAGACCCAAAAGACACCGUUUAGCGACUCUGAAGUGUACGGAACCGUUCCCUCCAGACGUCGACAUGAAGACACCGACGCCCGAUGUGCUGCUCUUAAGGAAGAGUUCUUCCGAUUCAGACGAAGACAGGAAUUCCUUCGACAACAACAACAUCGGACACAACGCGAGGAUCAGAGCUCUUCGGAUGAGUUCGAGAGCGCCUGUUAGUGUCUA